AUGUGGGAAGGUGGAGGAGGUGGGAGAGUGGAGGAAGCAAGAGGGUGGAGAGCAGUGUCCGGUGUUGUCUUUACUCAGGUGUGCAAGAGUAAUGAGAUCUGGUGUUUCUGCUCAGGUGUCAAAAGUACAGAUGUCUUUUCUAAGAGCUGGGAGGUUAAUGCAUACCUGUACGUGUGGGAGGCAGAGGCGGCGAGGGGCAGUAUAACUCUGUGGGGUGAGAGCGAGCAGGGCGGGCAGGGAGGGCAGGGAGAGCAAGGAGAGGGCAUCAAGGUGUUCAGUCUACAGAGGGAGGCGACGAAGAAGACAACAGAUGAUGUGUUUCUCCGGUACAACUUCUCCCGUGACGCCAGAACAACUGACGCCUUGACUCUGUGUUACUGGGUCAGUGAGGCGGAGUGGCCGCUGCCUGGCGUGGUGGUGCCCGAGGUUUGGUAUCACGCCUGCCACCUCCUCGACGCCCGCAGCUACACCUUCUACUGGCAGGCAAGGCAAGUCCCUCCCCAACAGUCAGCACGGCAGCCUCCUCCCGUCAACACUCACGCCCAACACGAGGAGGAGUACCGCGGCAGGCCGCACGGCAGGUGGCCUUUCCUCAUGAACGGCACGGUGAUCCUGGGCCAGGAGCAGGAUGACGUGGGCGGCAACUUCGACGCUACACAGGUGACGCGGGGCGACAUCACACAGGUGUACAUGUGGGGUCGCCUGUUGGAGCCUGCUGCCGUACGCCGCCUGGCUUCCUGCGGCACGCCCGAUGCACAGGACGUGCUCUUCUCCACAGACACCUCGCAGGUGGAGGUGUUCGGUGGCGUAGAGAGUCGGCUGCCGCCCUCCAGCUUGUGCAGAGACCAACCCUUCUACGCCAUCCUGCCCGAGGAGAGAAGCCUACAGGCGUCGCUGGCGGUGUGCCAGGCGAUGGACGGCAAACUGGUUCUGCCCACCUCUGAAAGUGAGAACGCGCGCCUCACGCAGCAGAUGGUGCCCUUCAGCGACGUGUGCGUGCCCACAGCAGUGUGGAAGCUGUGGCUGGGUGCGCGGCUCACGGCGGCAGGGUGGAGCACAAUCCCAGCCGGUGCGCCGCUCACAUAUCACAACUUCCGGCCGGCCAUCAACAUCAACAGCUCCGUGUUUGGCUGCGCCGAGCUGCGCCUCGAUGGUUACUGGGAGCCAGACUAUUGCAAGUCCAAGCGCUGCACCGCCUGCAGCUUUGUGCGCACCAGCUACCUCCACUUCCGCGGGCUGUGUUUUGACAAGGAGCUGGAGGCCAGGUUUAGGGUGGUGGGGUCGCCAGAGCGGCGGCCUGUGUUUUGGAGUCACCAGGGUCUGCUGAUCGUCUGGCGCGACAAUCUCAGCAGGUGGCAGAUGGAGGACCCCAACAUCAACGCCACGCUGCUGUGGAGACUCGGGGUGGGCAGCGACUACCCGCUGGGGCGGCAACGAUGGCGCCUGGCGCGGGAGAUGUGCGGCCAGCAGGAGGGCCACACGCUGCACGCCAGCCUGUCCCGCUGUGCUGCUGAGGAGUUCACUUGCUCCACCGGGGAGUGCAUCGCGCCGCACCUGCGCUGCAACUUCCACUACGACUGCCCGGACAACAGCGACGAGGUGAGCUGCACUAUGGUGGAGGCGAGCAACGACGCGCUACUCAAGCAGGUCCCGCCGCCGCCGCUGAAGUCCUUUGAGGGCGACAUCCUGCAGCUGGAGUCGUCCAUAACUCUGACGCGAGUGGCAGCCGUGGACGACCUCAACAUGGCCAUCACGUUGGAGUUCAAGCUGACCCUGACGUGGAGCGACCAUCGGGUCAACUUCCGGCACCUGGGCGGGACAAGGCAGGGAGUGAUGCUGACUGAGGAGGACUCCGGGCGGUUGUGGCGGCCGCUGCUGCGGGUCGCCAACCUGGACGGUGGCAGGCUGGAGGAGCUGGGGCGGCGCUUCCUGGCACAAGCCGUCGCUCCGCCAACGCGCCCACCUUCAAUGACGUCAACAUAGACCCAGUGUUCGAGGGGAGGCACGUUCGUCUGCACCUGACGCAGCAGUUCCUGGCGCGGGUGGCGUGCUACCUGGAGCUGUACUCGUACCCGUUCGACCAGCAGCGGUGCGCCGUGGAGGUGCAGCUGGCGCCGGAGUCU